AUGAAGUUUAUUUUAAUCUUUCUGGCAUUUUUAUCUUCAAAUAUUUUUCAUCGAGAAAUUUUAGCAUUAAGAUGUGUGACGUCCGAUGGAUUGCAAAUUGAAGAUGUUAGAAAAGUCAUUAAAAAGUGCAUGAAAAAGAUAACAGUGGAUUAUGAUUCAUUUAAUAAUGAUAACCAUAGUGAAGGCGAGAACGAAGCGAAGAAUUAUUAUCAAUAUGAAAACUUUGAUGAAGACUUCGAGAUGCGUAAUAAGGACUUGGAUACGAAUGAGAAGAAAAGAGACGAAAAUGUAAGCAGUUCGAGACGAAAUAAUGACAGGAUGAAUAAUUACAGUAAAAACUACAAUCCAUCGCGACUUAAUCAUAACUAUGACUAUCCGCAAACUCCACAAACAGGUGGAAAUUAUUAUGAAAUGAGUCAAAGAAAUGAUAGACAUGAUUCACCCCAACACAAUCCUUAUCAAUUCACGUAUAACGAUAAUAACAACUUUAGUAAUCAGCAGAGCAGUUUUUAUAGCAGCAGCAGUAACAGUCAAAAUAAAAAUAAUUAUAAUUCUACCAAUGAUAAAGGUGAAAGAGACCGUUCAUGCAUUCUCCAAUGCUUUUUCCAAGAACUAAAAAUGGUGAAUCAAGAAGGCUAUCCAGAUAAAAAUCACGUGUUAAAUAUUUUGACAAAACCACUUCGUGAUAAAGAUCUAAAAUUUUUUUAUAUAGAUUCAAUUCAAGAAUGCUUUCGCAUGAUAAAUCACGACCUGAAGCUACUUCGUGAUAAUUGUCUAUAUUCAAAAAACUUAAUCACAUGCCUCGCUGAGCGCGCGAAAAUGAAUUGUGCCGAUUGGAAUGCUGAAACUGUUAUAUUUUAAAUGUAUAUCGUACAACAUUGUAGCAAAUAAUGGUGAUUCUUUAGAAAAAUGGAAACUCUUAGUGCAUGCAAAAAUAAAUUUGCAUAGCAUGCAUGCUUUUAAAUUCGAAAUAGUAAAAAAAAGAUAUGAAAAAAAUAAUAACUUAUAUAGCUUACAGAAUUUUUGAGCUCAUCUUGUUUUUGAAGAAAUUCUUCCUCGGCUGUUUUCAUUUGUUUCAGAGAUCGCUCAGCUAAGCCAUAAUAAACACUUUCCAACUCCUUCUGCUGUUGAAAUUUUUUAUUUUUAUAAUCAACCAUAUCUAUUUCAUACAUUUGGAUUAUUUUUCGUUUUUCGGACUCAUAAUUUUUUCGCAGAAACUGUAAGCGAUCAUCAG